AAAUACUUGUUACUGUCACGAAUAGUUUUGCAGUUAAUCAUUGAGUGAUCCAUAAAACAUGGCUAUUAUAACAUUCUAUAAAGUACCUGGAUUGAAAUCUGGCCAUCUUAAAAGCAAAUUCAAGAGUCUUGUUCAAAUAUCGAAUUCAAUAAGUAGCCUAGAGACAGAAUUGUGCUACUACAUUGAAACUAGAGAACCUUUAACCAACGAAGAAUUAAAUCUGUUAAAAUGGAUUCUAAUUCCUCCAUUUGAACAACACAGUUUGAAGACUUCUAGUGCGUUCAAUGGGGAACUAGAUGGUAACUUAGUUAUUGAAAUUGGUCCAAGGCUGAACUUUUCUACAGCAUUCUCUAGCAAUGCCGUGUCAAUUUGUAAGUCUGUGCAUCUACAUAAAAUAACAAGAAUCGAAGCAGCAGUUCGAUAUUGCAUCAAACAUACUGGAGAAAUUGAUAAAAACAAAGAAGAUGCUAUAACGGAAGCGCUACUCGAUAAAAUGACCGAAUGCAGGUACACGAAACCUAUAGAAACAUUUGAUCAUGGUUUUAGACCUGCAGAAUGGUUUGAAGUAGAUAUUCUAAAAGGUGGACGAAAAGCACUGGAGGAAGUAAACUCAAAAUUAGGUUUGGCAUUCGACAAUUGGGAUUUAGACUUUUAUACGGACCUGUUCCUCAACAAAUUGAAGCGCAAUCCAACCAGCGUUGAGUGCUUCGAUUUAGCACAAUCGAACAGUGAACAUAGCCGUCACUGGUUCUUCAAAGGUCACAUGAUUGUCGAUGGUGAAGAGAUGAAGAAGUCAUUACUUGACAUGAUUAUAGAAACACAGAAAUACUCGAAUCCGAACAAUACAAUUAAAUUCAGCGACAAUAGCAGUGCGAUUAAAGGACAUCAAGUGAAAACACUAAGACCCAGUGAAACCCAUAAAUGUAGUCCGCUUCGUUUAGAAGAUGUGGACCAAGAUCUUAUAUUCACUGCAGAGACUCACAAUUUUCCAACUGGCGUUGCUCCAUUUAGUGGAGCCACAACCGGAACUGGUGGGAGAUUACGAGACGUCCAAGGCAUCGGCAGAGGAGGGUAUUAUAUUGCUGGAACAGCUGGUUAUUCCGUUGGUAAUCUGCAUAUUCCAGAGUAUGAUCUACCAUGGGAAGAGAAGGAUUUACCAUACCCUAAUAAUAUGGCUAGUCCAUUGGAGAUUCUAAUUGAAGCUAGUAACGGUGCAUCUGACUAUGGUAACAAAUUUGGUGAACCAGUUGUAUCUGGCUUCGCUCGUUCCUUUGGUAUGACGGAUAAUGUUGGCGUACGACGUGAAUGGAUUAAACCUAUUAUGUUCAGUGGGGGAUUGGGUACAAUGGACGCUGAUAUGUCGCAUAAACUUCCACCGCAAAAAGGUAUGGAAGUGAUUAAAAUUGGUGGUCCUGUAUAUAGAAUAGGUGUAGGAGGCGGUUAAAUUAAUUGUCAUCAGGUGCAAGGCGAUAACAAAUCGGACCUCGAUUUUGGAGCAGUUCAAAGAGGUGAUCCAGAAAUGGAACAAAAAAUGAAUAGAGUAGUUCGUGCAUGCACGGAAAUGGGACAAAAAAAUCCAAUACUCAGUAUACACGAUCAAGGAGCUGGGGGCAACGGUAAUGUUCUAAAGGAGCUUGUAGAACCCGCAGGCGCUGUUAUCUUCACUAAGAAAUUCGAGUUAGGUGAUCCAAGUAUCAGUACCUUAGAGUUGUGGGGUGCUGAGUAUCAGGAGAACGAUGCGAUUCUAUGUAAACCGGAGGACAGUGAUUUGCUCAAGGAAAUCGCAACACGGGAGAAAUGUCCUAUUAAUUUUGUGGGAACCGUUACCGGAAACGGAAAGAUCAUUCUUUCCGAGGAGAACGAUUGUGACGUGUCGAAGUACCUGAAUGAGAACUAUGUAAAUGAUACGAGGCAUCCGGUGGAUUUAGAUUUAGAAUUGGUACUUGGAAAAAUGCCUCGUAAGACGUUCAAUUUGCAAAGACAGAAGACUCACUUACCUUCUCUCGUUCUGCCAACGAAUUUAACAGUACUGUCUGCUUUGGAAAGAGGGUUACGUUUGCCUUCAGUAGGGAGGAAACGAUACUUAACCAACAAAGUUGACCGUUGCGUUACCGGAUUGGUAGCACAGCAGCAAUGUGUUGGUCCCCUGCAUACGCCACUCGCCGAUGUUGCUGUGACUGCAGUUUCUCAUUUCUCAACGGCUGGAAUCGCUACGUCCAUUGGAGAACAGCCAAUAAAGGGUCUGGUGAACGCCGUAGCUGGGGCUCGUAUGACUGUGGCAGAAGCUUUAAGCAACUUAGUAUUUGCACGGAUUUCAGACAUACAGGACAUCAAGUGCAGUGGUAACUGGAUGUGGGCUGCUAAAUUACCAGGAGAAGGUGCAGCAUUAUACGAUGCAUGUUCUGCGAUGUGUUCAUUCAUGAAUGAACUUGGCAUUGCAAUUGAUGGAGGCAAAGAUUCCCUUAGCAUGGCUGCUAGAAUCGGUAAGGAAGUCGUUAAAGCACCAGGAACGCUCGUAGUAUCUUGUUACGCUCCGUGUCCCGACAUCCGACAAGUAGUUACGCCAGAUUUGAAAGCACCAGCAGCUGGGAAAGUUGGUUGCUUAUUAUUCGUUGAUUUGUCAAAUGGACGAAGCCGAAUCGGCGGCACAGCUUUAGCACAGGUUUACAAAUCUCUUGGCAAUGAUGUUCCGGAUAUGAAACAGGCCGAUUUAUUAAAAAAUGCUUUUAAAGCUACACAGCAAUUGAUUGCAGAGGACAAAGUACUGGCGGGCCAUGAUGUCAGUGACGGUGGACUUAUCACAUGUCUUUUAGAAAUGUGUUUCGGUGGUAUUUCUGGAAUGAAUGUUAAUAUCUCUCACAAACCGGGAACGCCUGUUGAAGUUUUAUUCGCUGAAGAAGUAGGCUGGAUACUGGAAGUUGAUGAAGAUAAUUAUCAUCAUGCAUUGGAUAUAUUUAAACGAUUCAAUGUUCCUGUAUAUUCAAUUGGCCGUUCAGGAGAAUUCGGAAUGUCUUCGAAAAUAAAUAUUAAAGUACAAGAUCAAACUGUUCUGGACACGACGGUGUUGCCCUUAAUGUCUCUGUGGGAAGAAACUAGUUAUCAAUUAGAAUGUCGUCAAACGAAUGUCGAGUGUGCAUUAGAAGAGUUCAGUGGAUUGAAAGAUAGAACUGCGCCAGCUUAUAGGUUAACAUUCAAACCAGAUGUCAGAUCAUCUGAAAUUCAGAGAACUAUGUUUUCAAAUAUCACGGUUGCCGUGAUAAGGGAAGAAGGUACAAAUGGUGAUAGAGAAAUGGCAGCGUCAUUGAUGUUAGCUGGUUUCGAAGUUUGGGACGUGGCGAUGCAAGAUCUGUUAGAAAAUAAAAUCACAUUUGAUAGGUUCCAAGGUGUUAUAUUCCCUGGCGGUUUCAGUUACGCCGAUGUCUUGGGCUCUGCCAAAGGAUGGGCUGCGAGCCUCCUCUUCCAUCCAUCUUUACAGAAACAAUUACAGGCAUUUAUUUCUCGCAAGGACACGUUCAGCUUAGGCGUCUGUAACGGAUGCCAAUUAAUGUCUUUGCUAGGAUGGAUAGGGAACGAAACCGGCGACGCCACAAAACCAGACAUUUUCUUAGAUCAUAAUAUAUCUGAAAAAUUCGAGUGCCGAUGGAGUACCGUCAGAAUUGAUAAGUCCCCAUCGAUCAUGCUGACUGGAAUGGAGAACAGCGUUUUGGGUGUGUGGAGUGUGCAUGGCGAGGGAAGAUUUACAUUCCGUAACAAUGAUAUUUUGAAAAAACUGAAAGCAAAUAACUGCUUAGCCAUUAGAUACACUGAUGAUUAUGGCAAUCCAACUGAACGAUAUCCUCUUAACCCCAAUGGUAGUACAGAUGGCAUUGCUGGUGUCUGCUCUGCGGACGGACGGCAUUUAGCGAUGAUGCCGCAUCCUGAACGAUGCACGAAAAUGUGGCAGUGGCCUUGGAAACCUAUAGAUUGGAAUAAGUACGAGCUUUCGCCGUGGCAACGUAUUUUUGAUAACGCAUACAUUUGGUGCACGUCCAAACGCUAACGCAACACAUUCCAUACUAUUGUAUCGGACAUAGUGUACAUAAUAAGA